AAGACGAAGAGGAGGAGAACUUAAGGAAGAACAGGACGACAAGUGAAGGAGCACCAGAGGAGGAGAAGUGAAACAGAAGCUGAGGAGAACAGGAGGAGGACUAAAGGAAGGAGAAAGAGGAGAAACAGAGGAAGAAGAACAGGAGGAGGAGGACAUGAGGAGGAGGCUGAACCAGGAGCAGCAGGAGGGCGUUUGAGGAUAAAAUCUGAUUGAAAAGCAGAAAAACAGAAACUGAAGGAAAACAAGACGUUUGUUUUUUUAAAACUUCACCAGAAGAAAAACAACAACCGGCAGACAUCAUCAUGAGUGAAGAGAAACAUCGAAUAAACAUCAACUCAGUCUGUCGUCAAAGUACUGAGACCGAAACAUACCAAGGACUGAGAAAACACCUGGGACAGGUAACAACAAGAUGUUGAGUCCGGGGCCUCCAUCAUGGACAAUGUGACAGCUGGCAGCCCGCCAGGUGAGACGCACCUGAAGAACUACAACUAUCUGGCCCUGGUCCUCGGCGUGCCCCUGAUCCUGGUCAUCAUCCUGGGCAACGUCCUAGUGUGUCUGAGCGUGCUCACUGAGCAAUCCUUAAAAACCGCGACCAACUACUUCAUCAUCAGCCUGGCGGCCGCUGACCUGCUGCUGGCGCUGCUGGUGCUGCCGCUCUAUGUCUACUCUGAGUUUCUGGGCGGCAUCUGGACGUUAAGCACCGCCCUCUGUGACGCUCUGAUGACCAUGGAUGUGAUGCUGUGCACCGCCUCCAUCCUCAACCUGUGUGCCAUCAGUGUGGACAGGUACAUCGCUGUAGUUGUUCCUCUGAAGUAUAACAGAAACCAGUUCAGCGUCCGUCAGUUGGCGCUCAUUGCAGCGACCUGGGUGCUGUCUCUCAGCGUGGCAAGCCCGGUGAUCUUCGGUCUGAACCAGGUGGCGGGUCGCAAUCCGAGCGUGUGCAAACUGGAGGACAAGCGGUUCGUGGUGUACUCGUCCUUCUGCUCCUUCUUCGUGCCAUGUCCCGUUAUGCUCCUGUUGUAUUAUGGGAUGUUUCGAGGCCUGCGGCGGUGGAGCAGUCGGAGCCGCUCUCAGGGUGGGCGGGGCAGUCAUCCUGCUCUGUCUGUACGCCUCCACCUGGCUCUACGGCGAGUGAAGGUGACCAGGAGCCGAGAGAAGGUUGUGUAUGUCACAUCAGUCGGGCUCAGUCCCACCUCUCCGUCCAGUGUCUCCAUGACAAACCCAGUGUCGGAGGAGCAGCAGGACGGAGUGCCGGCGGCGCCGGAGAGCGACCCGAUGACAACGCAGAUGGACAGCGUGUCGGAUGGCGAGCCCACAGAGAGGCGGGAGAAUGACCUGACAAAGAAAAAGAGAGGAAGACUAAACAGUAAGAGCAGCAGAGUCAGCGUGAGAGAGCGGAAAGCCAUGAAGGUGCUUCCUGUCGUCGUUGGUGUUUUUCUGGCCUGUUGGACGCCGUUCUUCGUUGUCCACGUCACCAAGGUGUUAUGUCACUCCUGUGACAUCGGCCCCACCCUCAUCUCCGUGGUAACGUGGCUCGGCUAUGUCAACAGUGCCAUCAACCCAAUCAUCUACACAGCCUUCAACGCUGAGUUCAGGACUGUCUUUCACAAGCUGCUCUGCUGUAGGACGUAAAACUAACCUUGCCCCAAAGACGUCCCUCAACAGGAAGCUCAAGCUAAGUCUCAGAACGGUCUUCAGGAUUUUAUCACCUGGUGUGUCUCUGUGACGUUCGUCAUGUUGAUGAUUCGUCCUUCGGUUCAGAUCUCAGCUGGACUGAAAGACUCUGUCUCUUAUUUUGAAAGGGUUUUUCUUGAGUCAGUCUUUUAUUUUGAAGGAUUUAAUCAUGUGAUUAGUUACUGAAGCAGUAAUCAGAUUACUGUCUCAUUACGGCCCAGAGACAUAAAACGUGAUGAAUUUAAAUGUUGUAAAUUAUCUGAAUAUUUUAUGUUGUUUUUAAAGAUUUCACAGAAUCAUUCAUUCAGUCAUUCAAUCAAUCAAUCACAGACUGGAUUCAUGAAUGAAUGUAGAUUUUAAAUGUUUCACAGAAUCAGUGUUGAUGAAUAUUUUUGUGACUGAAGCAGAUAAAAAUGUUGGUGUAUUUUUAUCAUCCAGUUUAGGUGAAUGUGAUGAAAUGUAGCUGAAACAACAACAACAACAACAAUCUUUGUCA